AGCUUGAUGUAUACUUAAAACUGUGUCUUACAAGUGAAGAUCUUAAUUUGAAAAAUAUGGCUGAUGGGAUGAUAAAGAAGUUCAAGAAAUAUUGGGGCACUCCUGAUAAGAUGAACUCAAUGAUUUAUAUUGCUUCUGUGUUAGAUCCUCGCAAUAAAUUUGUGUAUGUUAGCUUUGGACUUGAAGAACUAUUUGGGGAGGAAAACGGAAAGAAAGUAGAUAAACAAGUGAAGGCUUAUAUGGAAACUUUGUUUGAAGAUUAUUUAAGAAAAUAUUCAAAAGAAUCUCAAUAUCAAUCAUCUCCAUCUAGAUCUACUUUAUCGGAUUUAUCUGAUUCAUCUAGCUCUUGUUCUCAAAAUUCGAGAACAAAAGCUUUGAGAACUAAGCUUCACAUGAAGAAACAAAAGGAAAAUAGUGGAAGUGGGGCUGCUAAGUCAGAGUUGGAGAGAUACCUUAAAGAAGAUCAAGAACCUGAACAUGAUGAUUUUGAUGUCUUAAGUUGGUGGAAAGUUAAUGCUCUAAGAUUUCCUAUUCUUUCAGAGUUAGCUCGUGAUGUAUUGGCUAUUCCAAUUUCAAGUGUCGCAUCGGAAUGUGCAUUUAGUACCGGUGGGCGUAUUCUUGAUCGAUUCAGAAGUUCUUUGACUCCUAAAUGUGUGCAAUCUCUUGUUUGUGCUCAAGAUUGGCUUAGAAAAUAGCCUAAUUCUAUUUGUGUGGAAGAAAGUUUGGAAUAUCUUGAGAAACUUGAACUUGAAAUGGCAAACAGUGGAAGGGAUUCUUGCAUUGUUGACGUAUGAUAACAAUUUGCUCUUUUGCUAUUAAUGGU